UUUAGCCGCGGUCGGGGGCAAAGUAUGGUGAAAUCGAAAAUUACAAAGUGCGCGAAGAAAUAGUUAGCUGGAUGUUUUUGAAUAUUAUAAAAUUUCGUGAAAAUACUUAGUUUAUAAGAUUCUGUUAGCAACAUUAGCAUUUGUUGAGCCUUUGAGCACUUUAAUUGACUCCAAAUUAGGACAUUUAGUAAUCGUAAACGUUGUUCUCUGCGUCUGUUUAUACACGGCGGCGUGCAUUGCAUUGUGGGACAGCAAUGGUGGGCGCGUGAUUUUGAACAAAUUCGAGUUAUCAAGGUUCUAAGCAGGCCCAAUGAAUGACUCCAUCGUAGGCCCCUUUAAUCCAUAACAAUCAAAAUUCUGGACAAUCGAAUGUGUUAUUAAAUUCAAAUUCAAUAACAAAUCAAAAAUAUUAAUUUUUUGGAAGGAGACUUUAGAAAAGUCUAUCUACAAUGGCUACAAAUAAAUCGUCAGAGUCAGAGGCUCUGGUAGAAACCAUCAGCCUGGGUGACAAUGAAUUGGGUACCUUGAGUCUUUCUCAAAACUCUGAGCAGUAUUCUUCAAGUGACUAUGAAGCUUUUGCAAGUAUAGAAGCUGAGUUAGACUGCAUGAAUGCUGAAGAAGUAACAACAACAGAAGAAGAGAUAAUAACUCUCGAAGAACAUGUUGAAACUGAAAUUAUAGGACCUGAUAUAGAGAUGACUGAUGUUUCUGAAGAGAAAACUAAACGUUUAACUUAUUCGACUGCUAAUCAAAGCAAUCAAAAUGUGGUUUUUCAAACAAAACCAACGUUACAAAAAGUUCCAAUAUCAGCUGUACAGAUAAAACCUGCAAUGACUCAACCAACACAAACUCAGUCUAUCAUGAUUGUUUCACCAGCUGGAGGACAAGGAACUAGCCAGAUACUAAAAAUUUCUCAUCCACCAUCAGCAUCACCAGGUCAAUUACAAUCUAUUGCUCAUUCUUUAAUCACAGCCAAGUCGGCUGAAGGAAAUAUCGUUCAUUUACGAUCUGCUCAACCUGGAAAACCUCAUGUAGCUACAUGUCAAUCUAGUAAUAUUACUUUGAGUAAUGUUCAACCAGCAAAAGGAGCACAAGUCACACAAAAACGACCGGCUCAAGCCAACCAGCACAAUAAAAAUGUUUAUACAAAAAUGAUAUUAACUAGUGGUCAGACCCAAACAGGUCAAGAAGUUCUAAUAGCAUCUACGCAAGAUAGCUCACAAAAUCAGACAAUAAAAAUAGUUAGUUCGAGUUGUCCUGCUAUCACGAGCUCGACAAAAUCAAUUUCUUUCUCUCAAGCACAUCAAUUGGGACUCCUUGGUUCGAAUAAAGUUCAGCAGUAUCUCCCAUCGACUCCACAGAAAACUCAAUCGGGAAUUAUUGUUAACAAAUUAGUGCAAUCACCUACAUCACAGCCACCCAAAUUAACAUUAAUUCCGUCAAGUUCUAUGAAAUCUCCAGCAAAGAUACUUCCAGCUCCAGCAUCAGGAACACAGGUUAAAUCAUCACCUAUUGUCAAUUCUCAAGCUUCUGGAUUUUCAACUACUCCGAAAACAACUCAACAAAAUGCUCAAAAGGUUAUCAUUCGUCAAAGUGCUUUAAAACCUGGUACGGUACUGGGAAGUGGACAGAUUAUCAGGAUACCAACAAAUCAGAAUAUUGUUGGAUCUAAUCAAGUUCAUCAGAUUCAAGUGCCUGGUCGACAGGUUCAAUAUGUUAGAUUAGUAAGUACACCAUCUACAGGAACAUCUAAUGUCGUUACAGUGGGUAAACCUAAAACUCCAGCUUUGCACACGGUUGGAGUUGCUCAAAAAAUUUCGGGACCCCAACAAAUUGUUAAAGUUGUUCCUCUUAAUACAAGUGGGCAAUCUUUAAGAACUGUGGCACCUAAAACGGCUAUUUCGACACCUACUGGAAACCAGCGAUUGUUAAUUCCUGCUACUGCUAAUUCUCCAAAGAGUGCAGUUGCAAUACCAGCUUCAGCUUUAAGUCAGUUAGCUUCUGGCCAAGCUGUGUUGUCUACGAAUUCCAACGUUGGAAAUAUUGUUGUAUUGCCUGCACAAUACAUUCAGCAAUCACAGCAGAAUGUUGACGAGCCAAAAUCUAAAUCACAAUCAUCAACCCCAAGUCUUUCAAGUUCACAAUCGUCACAAAUUUCUACUUCUAACUUAUCUACGAUAACGAUCGCUGAAACCCCGAAAAAAUCACACAAUUCGAAUAUUGAACCAAAUGGAAUUAGACCACGAAAACCUUGCAAUUGUACAAAGUCACACUGUCUUAAACUAUAUUGCGACUGCUUUGCAAAUGGAGAAUUCUGCCAUAUGUGUAAUUGUAACAAUUGUUCGAAUAAUCUCGGCAAUGAAGAGGAAAGACAACGAGCAAUAAAAUCAUGCUUGGAACGUAAUCCUAAUGCUUUCCGACCGAAAAUUGGGAAAGGUCGAGAAUUAGGUGAUGACACAAGAAGACACAAUAAAGGAUGUAACUGCAAACGUAGUGGUUGUUUGAAAAAUUAUUGUGAAUGUUAUGAGGCGAAAAUUCCUUGCUCGGGUAAUUGUAAAUGUAUAGGAUGCAGAAAUGUAGAAGAAUCAGUUAUAGAGAAGAAGUCAUUGAAGGAUCUUGCAGAUGCUAUUGAAGUUAGAACAUCACAGUUAAAUUUGAGCAAAUCUAAAAAUCAACAACCAACCGAAAUGAAUUUCCGAAUUCCUGCUGCAUCAAAUACUGGCACAAGGCAACCUUUCAAUUUCUUGACUGAUAAAGUCGUGGAAAUCACGUGUCAGUGUUUAAUGGCACAAGCUGAAGAUGCUGAAAAGAAUAUGUUCGACGAAGAAACAUCUCAACGACUGAUAAUCGAAGAAUUCGGUAGGUGUUUGAAAGAGAUCAUUGAGUCAGCUUACAAAGCAGAAUCUGCUAGUACAUAGCAGGAGUAUUCUCAUUAAUUAUAUCUAUUGAGAUAAGCUUAAAAAUAAUAUUAGAGAAUCGUGAAUUCAUAAAUUAGCAACCUUUGUACAAUUUAUAAAUAAAAAUGAUAUUGGAGUGAA